UCAUUUGCUGAUGUACAGUCACAUGUAUCUGGUCAUGUAUGCUGGGGGAAAUGUGUGGAAGUAUGGUUAAUAAGUAAACUAAUGCUAAGUGGGAUAGGCCUCAGUGAGUGAGCAAGUAUAAGGUGUAUUCAGGUUGGUGGUUAGAGGAGGUGGUGAUGUGGUCCCGGUUUUGCCCUUGAAAGAAUCAGAAGAGGCGGUGAUCAAGAUCUUGGGAGGGAGGUUUGGAAACAGCUGAACUUUGCAGUCUUAUAGGAUUCCCGAGGGCUUUGAUGGGUUUUUCCAAUUUACCAAACUGGUGUUGCUCAUUCUUGAAGCUGUUCUAAGUUUCAAUAUUUCAAGAUUUCAUUUGGAGUCUACUGCUACUUGCUACUACUCUGCUUUUAGCCUCUGCAACCAAGUUGUUAAAAGGGUUUGAGCUAAAAAUGUCAGCUUCAAGACCUAGUCAGUCUUCCAGCAGUUCAGCAAGAUCAAAGCACAGUGCUCGGAUAAUUGCACAGACCUCCAUAGAUGCAAAGCUCAAUGCUGAUUUUGAGGAGUCAGGUAGUUCCUUUGACUAUUCGAGCUCAGUGCGUGUCACACCUCCUGGAGAGCACAGACCUAGAUCUGAUAGGAUAACCACAGCUUACCUUCAUCAGAUUCAGAAAGGAAAAUUUAUCCAGCCAUUUGGAUGUCUUUUAGCUCUGGAUGAGAAAACUUUCAAAGUCAUUGCUUAUAGUGAAAAUGCUCCUGAAAUGCUGACCAUGGUCAGUCACGCUGUUCCGAGUGUUGGUGAUCAUCCGGUUAUUGACAUUGGAACUGAUAUCAGAACUAUUUUUACUAAUCCUAGUGCAGCAGCAUUGUAUAAGGCCUUAGGAUUUGGAGAGGUUUCUCUGCUGAAUCCUAUAUUGGUCCACUGUAAAACUUCUGGGAAGCCGUUUUAUGCCAUUGUUCACAGGGUGACAGGUAGCUUAAUCAUUGAUUUUGAGCCUGUGAAGCCUUAUGAAGUCCCCAUGACUGCUGCUGGUGCUUUGCAGUCCUAUAAGCUUGCUGCCAAAGCCAUUACACGCCUGCAGUCCCUACCCAGUGGGAGCUUGGAUAGACUUUGUGAUACAAUGGUUCAAGAGGUUUUUGAACUGACAGGUUAUGACAGGGUGAUGACAUAUAAAUUUCACGAUGAUGAUCAUGGAGAGGUGAUAAGCGAAGUCACGAAGCCAGGCCUAGAGCCCUAUGUGGGUCUGCAUUACCCAGCUACAGAUAUCCCUCAGGCUGCACGCUUUUUAUUCAUGAAAAACAAAGUUCGCAUGAUAUGCGACUGCCGAGCAAAACAUAUGAAGGUGAUUCAAGAUGAGAAGCUUCCUUUUGAUCUUACUUUAUGUGGCUCCACACUCAGGGCCCCUCAUACGUGCCAUUUGCAAUAUAUGGAAAACAUGACUUCAAUUGCAUCUCUGGUGAUGGCUGUCAUAAUCAAUGAUGGGGAUGAUGAGGGGGAUAGUUCUGAGCCUGCAGACCCUCAAAAAAGGAAAAGGCUUUGGGGAUUGGUUGUGUGUCAUAACACAACACCGAGAUUUGUUCCUUUCCCUCUUCGGUAUGCCUGUGAGUUCCUCACUCAAGUGUUUGCUAUCCAUGUCAGCAAGGAGUUGGAAUUAGAAAAUCAGAUUGUUGAGAAGAACAUUCUGAAAACACAGACUCUCUUGUGUGAUAUGCUGUUGAGUGAUGCACCCUUGGGCAUUGUUUCACAGAGUCCAAACAUAAUGGAUCUUGUGAAAUGUGAUGGGGCGGUCUUAAUGUACAAGAACGAAAUACAUAGAAUGGGAUUAACUCCAACUGACUUUCAGCUGCGUGAUAUAAUAUCCUGGCUUUCUGAGUAUCACAUGGAUUCAACGGGUUUGAGCACAGACAGUUUAUAUGAUGCUGGGUUCCCUGGGGCUCUUGCUCUUGGUGAUGUAGUUUGUGGGAUGGCAGCUGUUCGGAUAUCAGAUAAGGACUGGCUUUUCUGGUUCAGAUCACACACUGCUGCAGAGAUUCGAUGGGGUGGUGCAAAGCAUGAACCUGGGGAGAAGGAUGAUGGUAGGAAGAUGCAUCCGAGGUCUUCAUUCAAAGCAUUUCUUGAAGUUGUUAAGACCAGAAGUUUAACUUGGAAGGAUUAUGAGAUGGAUGCAAUCCAUUCUUUGCAGCUUAUACUGAGAAAUUCUUCCAAGGAAGAUGAGGGAACCAAGUCAGACACUCAGGAAAUCCAUUCAAAACUUAAUGACCUCCGGAUCGACGGAUUGCAGGAAUUGGAAGCGGUGACAUCUGAAAUGGUUCGGCUGAUUGAGACAGCAUCAGUUCCAAUCUUGGCGGUUGAUAUUGAUGGGGUGGUUAAUGGGUGGAAUACAAAGAUUUCCGAUUUAACUGGUCUUGCUGUUGAUGAAGCAAUUGGGAGGAAAUUGCUUACCCUUGUUGAAGAUUCAUCGGCUGAAACAGUGAAUAAGAUGCUGGAAUUGGCAUUGCUGGGCAAAGAAGAACAAAAUGUGCAAUUUGAGAUUAAAACACAUGGAUCAAAAGCUGAUGCGGGCCCAGUUAGCUUGAUUGUGAAUGCCUGUGCAAGCAGGGAUGUUAGAGGGACUGUUGUGGGUGUAUGUUUUGUUGCCCAGGAUAUAACUGGUCAGAAGGCUAUCAUGGACAAGUUUACUAGAAUUGAAGGUGAUUACAGAGCUAUUGUACAAAAUCCCAACCCGUUGAUUCCUCCAAUAUUUGGAACGGAUGAAUUUGGCUGGUGCUCUGAGUGGAAUUCUGCCAUGACAAAAGUAUCUGGAUGGCGUAGAGAGCAGGUUAUGGAUAAGAUGCUUUUAGGAGAGGUUUUUGGAAUUCAUACAGCCUGUUGCAGGCUCAGGAAUCAGGAAGCUUUUGUGAAUCUUGGUAUUUUACUAAACAAUGCCAUAAGUGGUCAAGCAUCUGAAAAGAUACCUUUUGGUUUCUUUGCACGGAAUGGGAAGUACAUAGAGUGCCUGCUCUGUGUGAGCAAAAAGCUGGAUAGAGAGGGUGCAGUCACUGGGGUAUUUUGCUUUCUGCAGCUGGCAAGUUACGAGUUGCAGCAGGCACUUCAUAUUCAAAGACUAUCUGAGGAAACUGCAUUGAAAAGGUUGAAGGUAUUGGCUUACAUAAGGAUGCAGAUAAGAAAUCCACUGUCUGGAAUUAUUUUUUCAAGGAAGAUGUUGGAGGACACUGAGUUGGGAGAGGAUCAGAAGAAUCUGCUACAAACCAGUGCCCAGUGUCAGCGUCAGCUUAACAAGAUUCUUGAUGACACUGAUCUUGACAGCAUAAUUGAUGGGUAUUUGGAUCUGGAAAUGGUGGAAUUCAAGCUACAUGAAGUACUGGUUGCUUCCAUUAGUCAAGUCAUGAUCAAAAGCAGUGCAAAGGGUGUUGUGAUAGUGAAUAAUUUGGCUGAAAGUCUUAUGAAUGAAACUCUAUAUGGUGAUGGACUGAGGCUUCAGCAAGUUCUAGCUGAUUUCCUGUUGACAUCGGUGAAUUUUACACCAAAUGGAGGCCAGCUGGGUCUUGGAGGAAAGUUGACUAAAGACCGAUUAGGGGAGUCAGUUCAGCUUGCCCAUUUGGAAUUAAGGAUGACACAUUCUGGAGGUGGGGUUCCAGAAGAAUUGCUGAACCAAAUGUUCGGUACCAAUGGAGAAGCAUCUGAUGAGGGAAUAAGUCUUCUUAUCAGCAGAAAACUGGUGAAGCUUAUGAAUGGAGAUGUUCAGUACCUAAGGGAGGCGGGGCGAUCGACUUUUAUCAUAUCUGUCGAACUCGCAGUUGCUAAUCAGCCUGCAGCAUAGCUGUUCACGUGAUCUUGUAGGUCUAACAAGAUCCCAAUGAAAUGUGUAUAGUCAAAGAGGACAAGAAUUCAUAGUCCUGAGUUAGUCUGUGUUUGAUUUGCUUGGCUAAUUUCCUUUAGACAUUUCUGUUGUUUUAACUUCUGCGAUGUGAAUAAAGCUGGUUUCCAUUUUUGUACCCUGCCUCGUUUGAAACAAUUGGAUGAUGAUUUUAUGAUUGGCCCCCUUUUAAUCCAUCUAA